AUGGCACAAUCGACAGUUGAGAGACGCGGAAUCUACUGCGGUAUACCUUGUUACCCACCGACCCUGAAGGGUUUGAAUGCAAUUGUUUUCGGAGCCAAUGGCAUUUCUGGUAAUUACAUGGUACGAGCUCUUUCUCGAGCUCCGGAGAGAUGGCACCAGGUGGUAGCAUUAUCUCGACGUCCACCGCUUGCAAAUCACCCUGUAUCCAAGAAUGUCAGGUAUGUCCAGGCCGAUCUGUUACAAGAUCCAAAGGAUAUUGCUAGGAUUUUAAGAGAUGAACAAAUUCAAGCCGACGUUGUCUUCUUUUUCGCCUAUAUGCAGCCGACUCCAAGGGAUGGUGCUUCAUUAUGGUCGAACGCUCAAGAGCUUUGCAAGGUCAAUGGUCAACUCCUAAGAAACUGCUUUGAUGCUCUCGAAUUAGCAGCCAUCCGACCGAAACGAUUCCUACUUCAGACUGGUGCGAAAUACUACGGCGGUGGGCUUGCAAUGCCUGCUCUCGAGUCUGACCCACGUAUUCCAGAACCUAAUUUCUAUUAUGUGCAAGAAGACCUGUUGUCUGAAUACUCUCGGAAUACUGGCGUUGAGUGGAAUGUUGUCCGGCCGGCCUUCAUUAUAGGUGCGGUUGAAGACGCAGCUAUGAAUUCCGUAUACCCAUUAGCGGUGUACGCAGCAGUACAAAAAUAUAAAGGAGAAAAACUCAUUUGGCCUGGUAAUCUCGCCGCCUGGGAGCGGGAAGUAAUACAGUCAAGUGCAUGGCUCAAUAGCUACCUCUCAGAAUAUUUGACGUUGAAUGAACACGCUGGAAAUGCGGCAUUCAACGCAGCGGAUUCUUGCUAUUUCACUUAUGGCAGAUUAUGGUUGGAACUAGCGGGCUGGUAUGGAAUUGACUACACGUUGCCAGAUACCGACACUGAGGGAUUUCAAGAGAUUUCAAUGGAUUUCAAAAAGAAUCUGAGCUUCGCCCCCACAGCGAUCAUGAAAUUCAAGUUUAGCUUUGUUCAAUGGGCUCAGAGGCCCGAGAACAAGAAGGCGUGGAAAGAACUCACGGAGAUGCAUAGCUUGGUAGGUGACCCCUUCGGAGACAGUCUUCAAAGAAUUUUCGAAUUCCUGGACUUUGCAAUGCUGCCUCCAUUUCCUUUUACAUUGAGCAUGACGAAGGCAAGAAAUUUGGGCUGGAAUGCCUCUGUUGACCCUGUUUUAUCUCAUCGUGAGGUCAUUGAGGAAUUUGUAGUGAUGAAGAUGAUCCCACCAUUAGACUAG